AGACCCAGUUGUAUUGAGUAAAUAGCUGUUUACAAUGUGUUUUGUGGGAAAAUUGUGGUUUGUGCCAACUGGUGAUGCAUCUGGGGAGGGGAUGACUGCUACAGUGACCUCAGACCAACUUCCAAUUACUUGGGCGUCGAGUCUUCCAUUACAGCAGUAAAGAUGGUGGAGAAAGUGGAAAAGUUGGCCUUGCCUUGCCUUCCAGUAGGUGAAGGACCUCAUUGGCAGGAAGACCUACAAGCUCUGCUCUUCGUUGAUGUCUUUGCUAAGAAACUCCGUCGACACUUCAUUAACACUGGGAGGAGCCAGGAGCUCUAUUUAGAUGAUGGAGACUCAGCAACGCACGUCAGUAUGGUGAUCCCGGUGGAAGAUGAUCCAGAGAUGAUGGUGGUGGCUCUGGGGAAGAACUUGUCUGUGGUACGCUGGUCUGUUGAUGACCCAAACAUUCACACAACCAAGCCCAAGGUCCUCCAUACCACCACUGAUCACCGCUUCAACGACGCCAAGUGUGAUCCCCAGGGACGUUUGUGGGCAGGUACGAUGUGUCCCCUAGACGACAAGGGAAAAGCACUCGAGUAUAACAACUCCUCUUUAUACAAGUUUGACCACGACCUGGUGUGCACAAGCUGGGUGAAGAAGGUGACACUGUCCAAUGGGAUGACCUGGAGCCAUGAUCGCAAGUCCUUCUAUUACAUAGACUCAAUCGCCGAAGCUAUAUACCACUUCGAUUAUGACGAUGAAGCUGGGAGUAUCAGUAACCAGCGUGUGUUACUGAACUACCCAGAAGCCGGACUGCAGGACCAGAUGCCCGACGGCAUGACCAUAGACAUUGAUGGUAACUUGUGGGUCGCCUGCUUUUUCGGCAGACAGGUAAUCUGCGUGGAUCCUAAAGAAGCUAAGGUGAUACGAAAGAUCGCCAUACCAUCCAAAAAUGUGACAUCAGUGUGCUGGGGUGGGAAGGACUACUCCACACUGUAUGUCACCUCAGGCGCUCUCAUGACGACUCCUGAAGAGAGAGCUGCUUACCCUUCGUCAGGAGGAACUUUUGCUGUCACUGGCCUGGGUACCAAGGGUACUCCUCCUGUUAACUAUAAGGUUAAUCUUGACAAGCUAAAGUAGAAGUUGAUGUUAACCAUCAAAAGUAAAAGUUGAUAUUAACAAGCUAAAGUAGAAGUUGAUAUUGAUUAGUUAAAGUAGUUGAUCAUGACAGCUGAAGGAAAAUAUUGCAGUAUUUGUGGCAACAACUGAAACACUUGUCUUGUUUUUAUGAAUUAUAAGGCCGUAAAAAAUUUGGUACGGAAUUUGAGGAAUUACAGAUUUUGGUCACAAUUUCUUGUCUUCAGAGAAAAAUUUCACCAUUAAUUCAAAUAUUCUUAAUUGUACACAAAUGUCAGUAGUGACUUGAUAAUCCAGGAUGGAUCGAAAUACCUUCCAAUUUGUUUAGAAUUUGUGUGUUAGCUAUGAUUUCUGUUACGUAAUAAUCUGAGAUACAUCAUGUUUUAACCUUCACAAAAUAUGAUCAAUAAAAGUAUUUAAACGAG